AUGGUAUGUUGGUUAUCUGACCUUGUUUUACUUUUGGAUUAACAGUUGAAUCUUGUUGUAGUAGAACAUGACUUACUCUGUGAAGUCGUCCAAUAUUUAAAAAAUUUUUUUGAUCAAGUUGUAAUUGUAAUUUUCGAACGAUAUAAACGAUCUAAGUAUUAUCUUCUAUGUCGAUAAAAUCUCUAUUAAAAAGAUUUCUCUUCAGGUCAUGGAUAAUGUAGGCGCUCCGGAUGGGAUUGAACGUCCAACCCCGGUGUAUGCUCCCUUUACGCUUCCCAAUGUCCUAGGACAACCACAGCAGCCCAUUGAUCCCACAUUAUAUUCCUUGUUGUUCCAAAUGUAUCAAAGACAAAUGCCCUCCAUACCAAACUUAGAGCCAACAAUUCCAUCGCAGAUUGUUGAAGAUCAGGGAGUUCCAGAGCAAUUGCAUAAAGAGGAGUCUAAAAUACAUCAUGAUGAGGUUGAUUCGGGCAACGAAACAAGUUCCAUUGGGACUGGAUCGGGUUCAACUUUGUCAUCAAGGUAAAUAAUUGUCGUCAUUCCAAUUAAUAAUAUUGUUAUACUUAAUUAAUUUGUUUGUUUUAGAUCCAAUUCAAUGUCCAAUGACUCGAGUUUGAAACAAAGAGCAUUGAAGGCCAAGAUGGCCACGAUUAAAGAGGACCCCGAGAAAUCCAUGCCAUUAACUCCCAGUUCCAGCACAUCUUACGAACAUCCACCAACAUUAUUACCGGCAGAUCAGCUGUUGCUAACUCCGGCUACAAAUUCCACAACCUCCGAGAAGAUGGAGCAAAGGGAUGACACUCCAAAGACUACAGUAACCCAAGAGAAUUGUCCGUUUCCCGAUUUGGCGGCGGUUAUGGGAUCAGCUGACUUUGGAUUCUCUCAAAUGAUGGCAAUGGCCAGCGGAAAUGAGGGAUCCUUCUCUCAGAAUCAAGUUGUGGGAUCUCCAGGACCUUCAAGGAGUCGGAAUAAUGACGCGGAUGAAGGAAAUGAUGAGUCAAAGGAGAACCGGACCGAAAUUGUGGGAAAUAAGGAAACUGUAGUUGAUAAUCAGUUGAAUGGACAAGGUAGGAAACGGUUUUGAUUAAUGUUUUUCUCUACCGUAAAUGUUAUAUUAAAAGCUUCUAUUCCAGCCAAUCAUACGACUCCAGUCCGUCCUCGCACAGAGCUCCAUCAACCUCAACUCCCACCACACGGCGCAUUCGCUCAAUUCCCCGCACCUCCAUUCCCAAUGCCCCCGGGAUUCCCGGGAUACGGUGUGCCUCCUAAUUCACUCCCCAAUGGCCAGCUCCCACCUCCACCAGGCUUGCAUCCAAUGUUAUUCCAGCCAUAUCAGAACUACCCUCCUCCCGGCCCAAUGCCAGGAUUGUUGAACAAUUAUUCCCCUUUCCAACAGUUCUUCCCCUAUCCGAUGGGAUACCCGUUGAUGUUUCCUGUUAGCGAAACGUGCAAGAUUUGUGGAGAUCAGUCGAGUGGAUACCACUAUGGGGUCCAGAGUUGUGAGGGAUGCAAGGUAAAACUUUUUUUAUUAAUUUUUGGAAGACUACGUAUCACAUUUUGUGACCAUUUUCUAAUUCCAAUAUUUUCAGGGAUUUUUCCGUCGCUCCGUCCAAAAGAAGACUCAAUAUCAAUGUAAUCGCGAUAACAAUUGCAUGAUGAACAAGCAGAGCCGAGUUCGUUGUCAGAGUUGUCGAUUCAAUAGGUGCAUUGAGUCUGGAAUGAAGCCGGAGUGUGUGAAACAAGACCGUCAACGGAAGAACGAAGCCGACCCGGAGAACACGAAGAAUGUGGAGAUGAACAGAGCCAUUAAAGCCGCGUAUGAUAAUGCGUUCUGUGGACCUCUGGGAACACAAGCAGAAGUGACCAAUGCCUUGUUGAAUUUUAUAAAUGGGAUUGAUCCGUUGAGAAAUAUGAAAGAAGAGGAUAAACUGCAGCUGAUCAGGCAAAGGGGAAUGGCGGUGCUGGUAAGUUGAUAAGGCAAAGAUUUAUCGAAGAUACUUCUAAAAUGAUAUAAAAUUUUCUUCAAUUUCAGAUGCUCCGUGCAAUCUACGUUGAUCCCUCGCUGAAGCCGCUCUGUGAAUCCAAAGUUUUCACAAACUUCAUGAACUUGAAGCCCGUUGCUAUUGACAAGCAAAUCCACGCUUUCUCGGCCUAUGUUCUGACCUGCGGCCUCAUUUCUGAUCUCUCUCCGAAUGGUCGUGACAUCCUCUCCCCAUUCACUGAUGCCUUACCAGGAUGUCUAUACGUCCAUGUCGCCAAUGUAUAUACUCUCAGCAUGGAUGGGUUCACAAAAUUACUCUCAGAUCUCUCGACUUUGUAUGCAAAAUAAUCAGAUGUAAUUAGAAUAAAAAUAUUGUUUGAUACCUGAUCUUGAGACAAUGUUUUAAUAACCGAUAGGCUCUAAACUCAGAAGAAAAGCUGGAUGGACAAAGAAUGAGAUCAAAAAUUUGGAUAUAACCCGAAGAAAGGCGUCAUUUACGAGCCUCCGUUUAUUCAUAUCAGCGAAGAAAAUGGGCAAUGUCCACUCGCGCGCUGACCUCUGCCCCUCUUUUUGUUUUGAUUUUCCUUCGAAGUUUACACUAGAUAGUUGGUAUCCAAGAGCUUGAUGAUGAGUAUUUGAAAUUUUUAACCAUUGCAUUUUACUUUAGAUCAUGGGCAAAGACCCUGAGGAGAAGAUCGCCGGCGUUGUCAAACGAGAAAAGCAGAAGAAACAGAAGGAUGCCAAGAUCGCAGAACAAGUGACUGAAGCGGCGUCAAGCGCGGAAAAGUUGAAAGAUCUGCGCGCUUUGUCGCUCCAAGAGUCAGGACAUCCAAAGUUGGAUGAACCAGGAACAUCGAAGUCAUCAAAAUUGCUAACCAAAAAGACGGUUCAUUUGAAGAAAAAAGUUGGCCAACCAAAACACGGAAAAGCCGGCGGUUUGAAGGCUGGAGUGGAAGAUGAACCAAUGGAAACGGACCCUGAAGUCCCCCAAAGUUCCAAGUCCAAGAAGGAGCCGCUGGCACCAGAAAGACUAGCCAAACUCCAGACCUGGGUUGGUGAAACUUGGACCGGCACAACGGACUGGUUCAACGUCAAAAAUGGCUAUGGAUUUAUUCAAUCAACAAUGGAGGAUGAGGAAAGAUCGAAGGAAAAAGUGUUCGUUCAUUAUUCGAAUAUUCAGAAGGAAGACUUUCGAAGUCUUGGAGAGAAUGAAAGGGUAGAAUUUGAGGUGGCAUUGACUGACAAUGGACUGCAAGCAAUCAACGUGAGAGGGCAAGGAGGUGCUGAGAUUGAGGGGCAUUACGAACGACCAAUCAUCGGCAAAGACAGAAGAGAGAUUUUGAGGUCAGUACUUUGAGAAAUGUUAAUAAUAUAAACUUUAUUCUGAUGACUAAAAAAUAAAUCUUUCAGAUGUUUCAAAUGUGGAUCCACAGGUCACAAGGCAAACAAAUGUAAGAAGAAAAUUGAGAAAGGAGCAUGUUACAACUGCAACAAAAUGGGACACACUUCGAGCAAUUGUCCAGAAGAACCCAGAUAUAAGAGAAAAGGAGGAGGGGAAGGGGGAUCAGGACAGGCUGCGACAUGA